GGAUAAUAGGAAUAAUGGCUUUAAUUCCAUCUCCGAUCAAUGGUGGAUCCGUCAUUGCUGAAGUCGAUAUGGGUUCGGACUCCUCUGCUCCAUCGGUUCGAGCCACCGUCGUUCAGGCAUCGACCAUCUUCUAUGACACUCCCGCCACUUUAGACAAGGCAGAAAAGCUAAUCGCAGAGGCUGCGGGUAUGGGGUCGCAAUUAAUUGUAUUUCCAGAAGCGUUUAUUGGUGGCUAUCCGCGCGGUUCCACUUUUGGUUUUGGUGUUACUAUCAACGGUGGAACAUCCAAGGGUAGAGAUGAAUUCCGAAAGUAUCAUGCAGCUGCAAUUGGUGUACCUGGUCCUGAAGUUGAGCGGUUAGCAGCAAUGGCCAGAAAGUAUAAGGUUUUCCUAGUGAUGGGGGUGAUAGAGAGAGAUGGAUAUACACUCUACUGCACAGUCCUUUUUUUUGAUUCACAGGGCCAUUACAUGGGUAAACACCGAAAACUCAUGCCGACAGCUUUGGAGCGUAUAAUAUGGGGGUUUGGAGAUGGAUCAACAAUUCCUGUGUAUGAGACUCCAAUUGGAAAAAUAGGUGCCCUCAUUUGCUGGGAAAAUAGAAUGCCCCUAUUAAGGACAGCAUUGUAUGGUAAAGGCAUUGAGAUAUAUUGUGCGCCUACAGCUGAUGCCAGAGAUGUGUGGCAGGCAUCCAUGACCCACAUUGCUCUUGAGGGAGGGUGCUUUGUUCUAUCUGCAAACCAGUUCUGCUUAAGAAAGGAUUACCCAUCUCCACCAGAAUACAUAUUUGAAGAUCCUUCUCCAGAUUCUGUUGUGUGUGCUGGAGGUAGUGUCAUCAUUUCACCACUAGGGACGGUUCUGGCAGGACCAAAUUAUGAUGGAGAGGCUCUCAUCACAGCUGAUCUAGAUCUUGGAGAAAUAACACGAGCAAAGUUUGAUUUUGAUGUGGUUGGACACUAUGCGAGGCCUGAUGUGCUUAGCUUGACGGUGAGGGACGACCCAACUAAUCCAGUUAUUUACACCUCUGUAGCAGAAACAGAAGGCUCCCAGAAAUCGUAAGGUUUAUAUUGGUGAACGUCCUGUCAUUCCUGGCUUUAGGACCUAGUCACAUGGUUUUCUAACCAUCUUGCUGAGUCUGAAAUAUGAAGAAAGGCUUUGGAAGGUGAUUUGCAGAACAUAAUUAGCAGGAGCUUAUGUGUUCUAAUGCUUUUUUGAGUUCAUGCCCGGCAAUAUAUCCAGCCAUUCUUCAACAACAUUCUUUGACUUGUUACCCUUGGUUUGAGACCUUUCAAUGUCCUAAGCUCUCUUUUACCAUUAUAAUAUAUAAUAAAUUUAAUAUUAUGUUCAACAACAUAAUAAGCCCAAGCAUUUAAUUUAUGUAUGAGAAAGCCAAAUUUCUGAAACGGCAACAGGAUCUUGUUUCUACUCAACUUCGAAGAAAUUAUAAUCAUUUGCUUAA